UCUUCAUUGUUGAGGUUCCUUCUAUACCUUGUCAUGUCGAGCACGAAAUCAAAUGCAAAUUCUUUUGCUUUUCCGAUUAAUUCUUUUGAUUGCUUUCAGCCUUUCUCAGCUUUAUAUCAACACUUCUGUUCUGCCCUGCCCUUUGUCAAAGUCUUCACUUUUGUUUCACAAUUUUACCUACUUUAGUUAAAUGUCUUUUUAACCCUUUUUUUGGGGUCUGUGUCUGUUCACAGCCAGAACCCAUAUGUCAAUCAGUUUAUUUGUCACAGCCCUUGUCAAGUAAAAAAGAGAAUCCUCUUUUUUAAUUAUUGAUAGAAGCAUCUAUAUAGUCUUCCCCAAAGUUUUAAACUGCAGUUAAGAUUUUGGUGUAGGGGGAAAUUGAGAACAAUACCAGUCAAUAUAGCCAAAAUCGACGUUGCAGAUACUGAAAACCCUUGACAUUUUUUCUAAUGUACAACACUUGGGUGGAAAAAGGGCUGUGGAGACUGAGUGCUACCCUUUGUUUUCCCUCUGGGUGGUGUUCCCUUUUUAUAAGGAAUUUAAGCCUAUUAGUUUUAUUCCCUUGGCAGUUAACAUCAGAGAGUGGCAACCCUUGUUCCUGUUCCAUCCAUGUCAACCUCGAUAGAUUCGUCCCUUACAGAAACACAAAUAACUGCAGAAGAUCAAGUUCCAAAGAUUGAACUGCUAACAUGGACCGAUGAUGAGUAUGAUGGUGUUAUUGUGGAAAUGGACAAGCCUAUGGAUUCUGCAACCUUUUUGUCUAUCCUCAGGGCUUCAAUUUCACACUGGAAACAGCUGGGCAAGAAGGGUGUUUGGAUAAAAUUGCCUAUUUAUCUGGCCAGUCUAGUUGAAGCUCUAGUUCAGGAAGGAUUUUGGUAUCACCAUGCAGAACGAAAAUAUUUAAUGCUUGUAUAUUGGAUUCCUGCCUCUGCAGAUACUAUUCCAUCAAAUGCCACACACCGCGUGGGUGUCGGAUCAUUUGUCGUAAAUGAAAAACGAGAGGUCCUAGUGGUUCAAGAAAAGACUGGACAUUUUCAAGGAAGUGGAGUUUGGAAAUUCCCUACUGGCGUUGUUGAUCAGGGAGAAGAUAUUUGUGCAGCAGCAGUGAGAGAGGUCAAGGAAGAAACAGGAGUUGAUGCUGAAUUUCUGGAAGUAUUGGCAUUCAGACAAAGCCACAUGUCAUUCUUUGAGAAGUCAGAUCUUUUCUUUGUGUGCUUGCUGCGCCCUCUUUCUUCUGACAUUCAAAUACAGGAGCUGGAGAUAGUGGCUGCAAAGUGGAUGCCAUUUGAUGAGUACGCAGCCCAGCCAAUCAUGGAAAAGUAUGAGCUUAUGAAGUACAUCAAUAAUAUAUACUUAGCAAAGGUUGAUGGGCAAUAUUCUGGAUUUACUCCUGUAUCUACUGCGCCAAACUUCUCUAAGAAAAGUGUCUAUCUUUAUUUAAAUGCCGGUGGCCUGAAGAAGAGCAAUUCUUUGUAAGCAUCGACAAAGAUUUACACAAUUACAAUGGAUUCAAUCUCAACAACUCAUUAUUAUUUGAUUUAUUGUGUGAACAACAAUUCAGAUCUACAUUAGGCAAUUAUGUUUACAUUAGUUGAAUAAGAUUGUAAUAGUAAAAGAAUGAGCCAGAAACAAGUUUAUUUAAGCCUGACUCAGUAAGUCUUUUAAUUCGAAAAACAAUUGCUGUGAUAAUGAAA